AUGACAAGCCCUGCUUUGUUGGUUGAUGUUCCAAGGGAUGAGAAUAUCACUGCUGAGGUUAUGAGAUCACUUCAUAUUCCAAAGGGAGUUCGUCGUGUGCUCUUUAGAACAUUGAACACUCACAGGCGGCUUAUGUUUGAGAAAGAGUUCGAGUCCAGCUUUGUUAGAUUCAUGUUGGAUGGGGCGAAAUGGUUGGUUGAGAAUACAGAUAUCAAACUUAUUGGGCUGGAUUAUCUUUCUUUUGCUGCUUAUGAGGAGGCGACUGAAAUGCACAAACUUAUACUCGAACAACGGGAUAUAAUCCCUGUGGAAGCGCUGAAGCUGGAUGAUGUGGAGGUAGGAGUGUACUCGCUUCAUUGCUUGCCGAUGAGAUUGCCUUGA